AGGAGGAGGAGAGAGGAGUCGAAUUGCUGGAAGGGAAUCGAGUCGAGGAGAGAGGGAGAGAGGGCGGCGGAGGAGGAGGCAUGGAGGACCUCAGCGUGGAGGAGCUCGCCUCCAAUCUCUCCACCUACAAGGAACAGCUCCGUGAGGUUAGGAAACUUAUCAAGGAGAAAAAGGAUGACCCUGGAAUUUCUGAAUAUCUUGAUAUGGAAAAAGAGCUCCAAGAGGUUAUUACGUUAACUGAAGAGCUUUUGACAACUGCAAAGCAAAGUGAGAGUGCCCAGAAUGAUGCAGGUCUAUCACUACCAAAUUAUUCGGCUGGACUGCAGUCAGAGGGACUGGACGACCUUUCGCUUUCCCAUAAGUUUGAGGUUGGGACUAGAGUGCAAGCUGUGUGGAGUGAAGAUGGAGAGUGGUAUACUGCAACAGUUGAAGCUUUGACACCAAAUGGAUAUUAUGUAGCCUAUGACGAGUGGGGAAAUAAGGAAGAGGUGGACCCAGAUAAUGUUAGGCUGCUUGAGGAGGAAGCGGCUGAUACUUUGCUACAAGCUGAAAAGGAAGCUGAAGCUACGAAAAUGGCAUUAAAAAGGAAAAUUGAACAAGCAGCAACAUCUGAUUUUCAGACGCGUAGCUUGCCUACCAAACUUCGUAUUGAUCCAAAUGAUCCUGAGGAUGUUAAAGCUGCGAAACGUAAGAAAAUACAUGCUUUCAAAUCAAAAGCCCGCUUUGAGCAACUUGAAUUUGCACAAAACAAGCGGCAGAAUGCAUGGCAGCAGUUUCAAACAACCAAAGGGAAAACUAAAAAGGUUGGGUUCUUUUCCGGUCGCAAAAAGGAGAGCAUCUUCAAGUCACCAGAUGAUCACCGAGGUAAGGUGGGUGUCACUGGGAGCGGCAAAGGCCUGACCGAUUUCCAGAGGAGGGAGAAGCAUUUGCAUCCCAAGGGUGGCUCUGCAGACACAUUGGAUGACGAGGAAUAAAUAAGUGUGUUACUUUGUUAGCUCGUGAGCUUAUCACACAUUGCCGUGUCUGGUGCUUAUCGCCAGACGUACUCUCUAUGCUUGUCGAAACUAGAAAUCACACAGAUAUAUCAACAUUAUUUCCCCCUCAUGUUUGUGACGUUCUGUAUGCUAACUGCCUACUGGUUUCCUCC